GGCUCACUCCAUUUCAGAAACCUUAGCAGUUCUUUCCAACCGCUAAGGACAACGAACGGCCGCCAUUUUGAUCAUAAAGAACCUCAGGCUCUGUGUUUGUGGAGCUCUUCUAGUAAAACGUCGUUUUUACGGCUGUUGUCUCAACGCAGCUACAGCUGCGAGCCGUUACAUACAAAACCGUUACGUUUCUUUCCAACCGCCAAGGAGAACGAGCGGCCGCCAUUUUGAUCACAAAGAACCGCGGGCUAGAUGGUGUGGAGUUGUUCAAGUUAGACGUGGAUAUUCAGGGCGGUGGAGACGCUCCGUCAUGGCAGUGACGGCUGGUCUCUCCCUCCUGGUGCUGAUGGCGCUGCCGGCCGCGGCUCAGGACCUCAUUUACUUUGAGAUCGGAAAGAGUCUGAAGCUCGACCCAAAGUACCAGCAGGCCAUCACCGCCAUCACAUGGAAGCAUAAGGGGAACCUUGCUGCUGAAUACUUUACGAAAAAUGCUCCUGUGGAAUAUCUGGGUGACUUAAAAGGCCGAUUACACCUGGACCCGACCACCGCAAUACUGACCAUCAGCAACAUGAGAAAAUCUGACGACGGGCAGUUCACGGUGGAGGUCAACAACAGACUCCUUCCUGUCAGAUUUAACGUUGUGGGGGUCAGGAAGCUGGACGACUACCCUGUUCAAAUCACCGUGAGGCCGCAGGGCUGCAGCAGCCUGACCUCUAGGAAAUGCACCCUGGUUUGUGGUGGAACGUUUGAAGGUGCCGAACCCGUCCAGUACUUCUGGAAGAAAGGAAAAACGGGACAAUGGAAGGAGGGGGGAAAGACGAUCAGCAUUUCUAUUACCAAGAAGACUUCGAGUUUUCCACGCUACACCUGCAAAGUGAAGAAUCUAUUCAGCGAGAAGGAGAGCGACCCAAAAGCGAACCCCUUCAAGAAGGAACCCAGCAGCGGUCCGGUUCCGCUGCCUGCGGUUCUGCUUGUGGCCGUUUUAGCAAUUGGAGCAGCAGUUAUUGUUUGACUUAUCAAGAAGCCGCCAUUUGUUCAAAAAUCCUUUUGGUUUACAUGGUGAAAAAAUAAAAAAAAUAAUUA